AUUCCGGCAACUCAUUGCUGAAUAUGAACCAGAAGUGCAGGAAGUAUCUCGGCUUUUCCGCUCUGCCCUGCAGGAAGCUGCUGAGAAGAUCAAAGAGGAAGAAGAGGCCAAGAAACUUGCCAGGCAAUGGAACACAAAGAACAAAACCACCCUCUCCUUAACAACGUUUAAAUCCCGGUCCAGGAUUUCCCCAUUCAUCAGCGACAUCAAGACCAUCUCUGAGGAUGUGGAACGGGGCACCCAGCCCACCAGGAGGGUUUGGAGCAUGCCAGAAUUUCGGAAUGCCAAGGAUUACUGA